AUGUAUAAAAUCCUGCUCAGGGCACGCAAUGGACCGGAGGGAGUGAUGGUACGCCUAAAGGUGGAUUUUUGCCGCACCAGCAACCAGCGACAUCGACCGCCUCCGGACUCCUUGGCUCGGUCUUGUCUUUGUGUCCAAGUGGAGAAGAAGAAGAAGAAGAAGAAGAAGAAGAAGAAGAAGAAGAAGAAGAAGAAGAAGAAGAAGGAUGUAGUGCGGUAGUUGCGACGCACGUUAACUGCCACUAUAAACUAAUUCACACGUAAGCCACCGUGCCCGCUCUCAUCUUCGAAAUGCAACAACACAGUAUCCGAAUGGUCAGCCAAGCAUUAAGGUCACUCAGGGACCACAUACUGACAUAGCAGACUGAGAUUGUCUCAGUCGACAAAAAGCGAUGGACGCCCUACUUGAGCCCUCACCAAUGCGUUCUCCAUUUGUCGUAAUAAGCUAGAACCUUUCUGAAAGUCAUUUUAUAGCCUGGCAAAAUCAAUUUUUCUACAUGCUGAUGGAUGCACAUACCUCUAUUGAUGGUACCUCAGAACUCAUGAUGCUCGAUCGUCAUAAACGGCGAUGUUCAUCGCGUGCUCCACACUAAGGUGAAGCACGCACGGCGAUUUGGGCGUGAGUUUGUUGAUGGUGAGUGUAGACUUGUGCAACAUCUGCCGUAAUCUCUCCUCCAACCCCCACCCCGCACAUGAAGCCGGUGUCGACAUUGUCAAAUAGACCACAAGGUGAGGAGAUGUAGGUGGCCGGCGCGGCCGAACGCGCACCUAGGCAUACCACCACACUCCCCGGCCCACAACAAACACUGGACCAGUCGCUAGUUACCCUCCCUGCGCGCGUCACAUGCACGACAUGGUCCCCCAAACACAAACGCCAGGAUUUUGCCCAGCAGGACGUGAUUGGCAUGAGAGAGUGACAAAGGUCGCCUUAAGAAGGAGCCGUGACAGUCUGACUUUCAGCCCAUCAGUCAGCUACUGCACGCAAACUACUGAUCAGAAUGUGUGGACUGCGUCGAGGCACCAGUUAGCAGCAUUCCAAGCCAGCGCGAUUGGCGCACCACGGUACUGUCAUGCUCGGAACACGCAUGCGCCACAGGAGUCACACGGAGAAGGAGCCCCGAAGCACACUCACCAUUCACUCGCUCACUUAAGUGAAAAGUGUCAGUGGAGUGCUUCUCCUCCUCCUCCUCCUUCACUGUCCCAACGGCGGCCGCUCAGGCGGCCGUCUCGCACAUCACCAACCGCGACACAAAAACAGACACCUGCCCCACGUUCCCAAAUCCAGCGAUGAGUUGUUGAAGUGCCGUGUCUUAUGCUGCUCUUGGUGCCUGCCCUCUAUAUGUUAGUCUGUCUGUUAAUAGCUAGAUAAAAAUCUUGAUGCCUGCUGCGACUGUCUGUCUGUCAGUCUGUGCCUCUCUCUGCUAAUAGCUAGGUGGUACGGUGCUUGACACUUGAAUGGAGCCCUCUCAUUUCUGUCUCUGACGGAUGACUGCGUCUGCUUGUCCACUCUAGUUCUAAGGCCCAUAGCGUUUGGUUGUGUGCAUGUUCUUUCCUACUUCACUCCACCACAUCACCAUCACCACAAAGGUCCCAGGCUAAUUUGGGUCGUUCUCUCACUAACAAAAUGCCGUGGCCCAUAGUGGAGUCCGGCAGCCGUCUGAGAUAACCGGGCAGCCCUGUUCAGGGAUGCGUUGCCUGCCCUCGCAAGGGGGAGGGGGCUAGAAAAGGUGCCCAAAAGAUCGCUGGGAACCACGCCGUCUGUAGGCUGGCCGUGGCCGCAGACAAAAACACACGGUCGAAACAGCCAAAACCGAAACAACAACAACAACAACAAUCACUCUCUUCCUCUUCCAGCCUAUUCUUCUUCUUCUCCUACUCCUAAUUUUCGCCGCCGCAGUCGCCAGACUGCCAGGGUGAGCCCGCUCACCCUGGCAGCCUGGAAUUUUCGUUCCCUUUUAGACAACCCCAAGAGCAACCGACUGAAACGGAGGACAGCGCUAAUGGCACGAGAACUGGCGCGCUACAAGGUGGACAUCGCCGCACUCAGCGAGACCCGAUUCUCCGAACAAGGCAAACUGGAGGAGGUGGGUGCCGGCCACACCUACUUCUGGAUUGGUCGACCCAGGGCAGAGCGACGAGACGCGGGUGUCGCCUUCGCCAUCCGGAACGACAUCGUGGGACGACUGCCCUGUCUGCCGUAG